AUGGAGCAGGGGAAGGAGACCAGGAAGGACAAAUCCCCGCAGCAGAACCUCGUGGAAGAGGCCGUUUUGAGCAGCUCCACGGUGCAGCAAUCCAACGGGGAGGAAAAGCCCUGGAGAUCCCGCAUGAGGAGGGGCUGCAAGUGCAGAUCAGGGGGAUCCCAGGAGGAAAGACGCGGCCAGAGCUUGGAGCUGGUGGUCCAUGAGCAGCUUCACGAUGGGAAGAAGCCCCACAAGUGCUCAAAAGUUGGGAAGAGCUUCAGUCAGAAAUCCAACCUCAUCUGCCACUGGAGAAUCCACACGGGGGAGCGGCCCUAUGAACGUGGGGAAUGCGGAAAGAGCUUCAGGAUAAGUUCAGAAUUGACUGUCCACCAAAGGAGCCACACAGGGGAGAGGCCCUUUGAGUGUGAUAAGUGCUGGAAGAGAUUUCAGAGCAGUUCUGAUCUGCUCAAGCACUAUCGCAUUCACAUGGAUGAGAGGCCCUUCUGCUGCCCUGACUGUGGGAGGGGCGUCAAGCAAAACUGCACCCUCGUCAGGCACCGGCGCAUCCACACCGGGGAGACGCCCUACGGGUGUGGGGAGUGUGGGAGGAGAUUCUCACAGCACUCUAACUUGAUCAUACACCAACAGAGUUUCAGCUAA